AGGGGGCCGACAGGCGGAGGGCAGGGGCAAGAUGGCGGCUGCCGCAGGGGCACUGAGGAGGCUGGUGCGAGGCGGGCCCCAGCAGGUAGGGCCGGGCCGGCUGCCCCCGCCCCCGCCCCGCCGGCUCUGUGUUAACGCGUGUCCCGUCUCUCCGCAGGGCCUGGGGCGGCUGCUGCAGCUGCGCCGCGGGAUUCACGGGACCGCGCCGGCCGCCGCCCAGGUGACUGUCCGCGAUGCAUUAAAUCAGGCAUUAGAUGAGGAGCUGGAGAGGGACGAGACGGUGUUCCUGUUGGGGGAGGAAGUUGCCCAGUAUGAUGGUGCGUACAAGGUUAGCCGAGGUCUCUGGAAGAAAUAUGGAGACAAGAGAAUAAUAGAUACUCCUAUAUCAGAGAUGGGCUUUACAGGAAUUGCUGUAGGUGCUGCUAUGGCUGGGUUGAGGCCGAUUUGUGAAUUCAUGACCUUCAACUUCUCCAUGCAAGCAAUUGAUCAAGUUAUAAAUUCUGCUGCCAAGACACUUUACAUGUCUGCAGGCAUAGUGCCUGUCCCAGUUGUCUUCAGAGGUCCCAAUGGUGCCUCAGCUGGAGUAGGAGCACAGCAUUCACAGUGCUUUGCUGCUUGGUAUGGGCAUUGUCCUGGACUGAAAGUAGUCAGCCCUUGGAGUUCAGAGGAUGCAAAAGGUCUACUUAAAGCAUCAGUCCGGGAUGACAAUCCAGUUGUGAUGCUGGAAAAUGAAUUGAUGUACGGAGUCCCUUUUGAAAUGUCAGAAGAAGCUCAGUCAAAGGACUUUCUUGUUCCUAUUGGAAAAGCCAAAAUAGAAAGGCAAGGAACCCAUGUUACUUUAGUGUCACACUCCAGAUCUGUUGGACACUGUCUGGAAGCAGCUGCUGUACUUGUCAAAGAAGGUGUGGAGUGUGAGGUGGUAAACCUCCGUACCAUUAGACCAAUGGAUGUGGAAAGUAUAGAAGCCAGUGUUGUGAAGACAAAUCAUCUUAUAACAGUGGAAGGAGGCUGGCCGCAGUUUGGAGUAGGAGCUGAAAUUUGUGCUAGGAUCAUGGAAGGACCUGCCUUUAACUAUUUGGAUGCUCCAGCUGUGCGUCUCACAGGUGCAGAUGUUCCUAUGCCUUAUGCAAAGAUUUUGGAAGACAACUGCUUACCUCAAGUGAAAGAUAUCAUAUUUGCAGUGAAGAAAAUAUUAAAUAUCUAGGUUGUAUAUACAUGGUGCUCUUCCAAAGUGUGUGUCUUAAGAGCAUUAAUGGAAUGGACUACACACACUUACUCAUAAUGUUGUAUAGCUCUAUUGAGCUCUUUGUACUGAAGGAAAAGUUCAGGUGACCUUUUAAAUGUAUUUAUGUAGUUAAUCUGUGUUUAGUGGGUCACCCUCUCAGCUACUUUCUUCUACCUAGCUAAGCACACUUACAUGUAUGGGUGCCAGACUCGGUCUGUAAAGUGUGAAUCUGUAUUAAAAGCCUUAGGAAAACAGUAUCUAAAUAAGCCUGCCUCUGUGCCAUUUACAAAUGGUAAAAGAAAUAAAGGGUCACCUGUG